AAAAGAUAAGUAAAAGAAGUCAGCUUGACAUUAAAAAUAUAGAAAGUAUACAAUGAUAAUACUAAAAUAAUGGAUUAUCGGUUCUUCAUAAAACAAAAACUUUAUGAAGAAUAAAUCUAACCAGAUCUUACUUGCAGUAUGAAGGAAACUUAAUGUUUAGUUUAUUUAAUGUACUGUUAAAAUGAGGUUUAUAAAAUGUAGGAAAUCUAUCUCCGGUGUGGUCGUCCUCUCUCGUUGCCUAGCAACUGCCUUGCGUCCGUAAUAAUGGCCGACAAAAGUACAUCACAAUGUUACGAGGCCGUCUGCUCAGCACAAGGGAUAAAAAUGAACUCGAACAUUUUAAACGCUUUAGAAGAAACAGCGAUAACAGGGAAUUUGACCUUAAAUCUGACAGGAAACAGACUGAAAAACAUUCAGAGACUUGGGGAUCCAGACGUCCUUGCCCUUUCAAAAUGUUUGCAAAACAGUGGGCAUGUGACAGAUCUUGAUAUGAGAUACAACAACAUAAGCGAUGAAGGGGCUGGACAUCUUGCUGACCUUUUACAGCAGCCGGAGAAUUCAACUCUGCGUGUUUUGAACUUGAUGUUUAAUGAUAUUCAGAUGAAAGGAGCAGAAGUCCUUGCCAGCAGCCUGCAGUGUAACAGCAGGCUGCUCUCUCUAAAGCUAUCAGGUAAUAAGAUUGGAAACAGCGGAGCUAUGUACCUGGUCAGCAUGCUGCAGGUGAACAACACACUUCAGGAACUGGAGCUGUCUGAGUGCGACCUGGCCACUCAGAGUGUGAUAGCUCUCAGCAUCAUGUUGAAAAACAACACGGCUCUUCGUUCUGUGGAUAUCAGCCGACCGCUUCUCUUCAGCCACCAGGAGGAAUGGGUGGUGCACUUUUCUGAGAUGCUGGCAGUGAACUGCAGCCUGGUGGAGCUCCACCUGGGGAAGACUGGGUUGACUGACACUGGGAUGGAGAGGCUGAGUGAAGGCCUGAGGCUGAACCACCACCUGCGCUACCUGGACCUGCACUGCAAUCGUGUGUCCCGUGAUGGUGCAUGCCAUCUUGCUAAGGUGCUGACACAAAACAUGACCCUGGAGAUCAUAAAUCUGUCUUUCAAUCGGAUUGAGGAUGAAGGUGCUACGUAUCUAAGCAAAGCCAUCACCUGGUCAGGCUGCGUCUUGAAAGAGUUGUCUGUCAAAAGCAACAACAUCAGGUCAGAAGGUCUGCUGUCUUUGGCUCAAGCUAUGAAAAAGAACAAAACUCUAACACACAUCUACAUUUGGGGAAACCACCCGGAGGAGCUGGCCUGCGAGGCUUUCAGAGACCUGAUAUCCAGCGGCCGCCUGCCGCCUGAGCAGACAGAUGUCAGGGCAUACGAGGUGGACGGUCAGGUGUUUCUCGCUGAAGUCUUCCAUAGUUUGAGGAAACAGAUUAACUGUACAGACUGUACCAGGUCAGACACAUGCUCAGACUUGGACACCACUCGACCAUCUGCAGCAGACAUGUCCAGUGAUGUUGCUCUGAGCCCUGAAGCUACCUUUCCUCUACACAUCAAGUAGCAGCAGGUCGUUCCUGAACAGCUCUGCUCAUGAGCAGCAAAGCCAAAGUUUCCUCACAUUCCACAACAGAAAUGCAUGAAAGAAAAAAUAAAAAUAAACACCAUCAAAAAGUUUAAGAUAAACCAGUGUGAUGUUUUUAAUGAAAAAAAUGCUAAUGGACUUAAUUAUAAUUACAUUUAAAAGUGCUGUGCACA